UGAGGCUUUGAGCCCGACAUUUCGCGGCCGCCCGCCUUCCCGCCAAUACUACCGCAAGGGACGUCAGCGACCCACAGAAUCAACCGAAGCGGGAGAGGGCGGGGUGACGUCAGUGCUCCGGAUGCGGAAGUUAAACAUGUUUUCGCCGGAACAAGGCCGGCGCUGUAGCGCCUGCUCAGCGAUGGGUGCUCAAUAGCGCCGGGGCAGAGGUGGGGGAAGUGGAGGUGCCGCCCCGUCCCGGAGCUGCUGCAGUGCAGGGCGAAAGCGGCGAUGGAGCGCGGCGCGGUAACCGGGCGCGCUCUCCUGCCCCCCUGCCUCCGCCUCCUGCUGCAGCGCGGCCCGCGCGGGCGGGCAGGGGGCGGCCGCGCAGUGCCACGUGACCUCGACGGCGGCCGCCCCGCGCCGCGCCGUUGCCUUGGAGACUGGAAGCGGCCGAACCUCCUCGCGCCGCUGCCGCUUCUGCGCCCGCAUGCGGCGCGGGCCGGCGGCAGCGGUUGGCACCAGGGCUGGGCGCGAGGCUUAAGCAUCUCUGCCUCAUCCUCCUUGCAAACUGACAGUAGCAAAGGGAAUUUUUCCUUAUCGGGGAGUAAGAAGCUCUUUUUUGACACUCAUGCUCUUGUGCGUCUCUUGGAAGGAAAUGGAUUCACUACUCUGCAGUCCGAGAUUAUUGUAUCUGCUUUAGUGAAAAUCACAGACACCAAUCUAGAUCUUAUAUACAAGGACAUGGUCACCAAAGUGCAGCAGGAAAUCGCUCUUCAGCAAAUAAUGUCUCAUAUUGGUGGUGUGAAAAAGGACAUGGUAAUUUUGGAGAAGAGUGAAUUUUCAGCACUCCGGGCAGAAAAUGAGAAAAUUAAACUUGAACUCCAGCAGCUGAAGAAACAAGUAAUGGAUGAAGUUACCAAACUUCGUACAGAUAACAAGUUAGACCUCAAUUUAGAGAAGAGCAGAGUAAAAGAACUGUAUUCACUUAAUGAAAAAAAACUACUGGAAAUGAGGUCAGAGAUAGUGGAAUUGCAUGCACAGCAGGAUCGAGCCGUGACCCAAACUGAUAGGAAAAUCGACACAGAAGUUGCAGGGUUGAAAACAAUGCUUGAAUCGCACAAACUUGAUAAUAUUAAAUACUUAGCAGGUUCAGUAUUUACAUGCCUUACUGUAGCACUGGGAUUUUAUCGUCUAUGGAUGUAAUAAAGUGUCUACUUAAAAGGACUUGUACUGUCUUGCCUUAUGAAAAUCAAGGAUAUUUUCACUUUAGCUACAAGAAUUUAUUCCUGACUGAAAAAUAAUGUUUAUUAUUUUAUUUAUAUUUAUUUUUAUAGCAAACUACAUUGAGAAUGUAACAAAAAUGUGCCUAGAAAAAAUAUCUGUACUAUUUCAAUACCUAAUGGAAAGAGAAACUUGCCUCUGGUCAGAGCAAAGUAGAGAAUAUGCAGCACUGCCAAUCCCCUUGCAUCCUAAAUUGUAAUAUCUCCAUACUUUUGUAGUUCUAGGGUUUCAGUUAAGUAGAGACUGCCAGUCAUGCCAAAUUAUAUAAUUGCUCUUGUGGAGAGGUCUGCUAAAGAUUAUAUACCAAACUCUCCUGAGGCAUGCAUGCCUAAUGGUAGAUACUUGUAUCAGAGCAGAGUUGAUCACAAAUUUUAAACCUUUUAGUACCAUUUUGUGACUACAAGGGACUCCUAGACCUAAUUUUAAUGAAAUGCAAGUUGAUUAAACUAGAGGCAUACAUUCUUUUCCCCCAUGUUCAUCUGUCUAUACUCUCUGUGCUACAAAUACAUAUAUUUAUAUACUUAUUAUAAAGAAAUAUUUUUUCUAUUUGUUAUACUAAUUUUUAAACAUUAUGUGCAUCAUAGUUUGUUUCCCAGAUGGCCGUCCAAACAACUGUACUUCAUUAGAAAUUGUUCUGUAAUAAGUGUCUUUACCACCUUUUUGUAGGUUUGAUAUGUAGUGUGCUAAGAGCUGUUGCAACUUUUAAAACACACAGGGCUCUGAAACUCAUUCCCUAUAGCAAUUGUGAACUUGGUUCUAAAACUGGAACAGAGUUUUGGAGCGUACUAAAUGCAUUCACUUGUAUUAUCUCUUGUAAAGCACGUAGAAAAUAUUCUCUGUUGCUUGGUUCAUAGAAGGGAAUUGCAUCUUCUGCACGUGAUAAAUUAAAGAUGGUUAAACUUCUGGGGAGAAAAUGCAAGCACUUGAAUGGUGUAUGAUGUACUGGUAUGGGCUGCCUCAGCUCUUUGGUCACAAAUAGGAUGUCUGCACUAAACAUUUUUAUUUUUAAUUAUCUCUGGGUAUCCAAACAGUGCGGCUACAGUUAACAAAUGGUAGGAACAUUAGUGUAGACCACUAGCUCAAAGCAAGUCUAUGUGAAAUGGUAGGUCAUUUUAAUGUCUGCUCUGUUGGUAGCUCUUCCACUAAUGGUAGCAAUGGAAGAAAGUUACAGGUAAAACAGGGUAGAUUAUCCAGAGGUCCAGUCUUUGUCCUCUGACCAAUGAACUUCUCUCCCUGCAUUUGUUUGUUUGCCUUGUCUUUCUCUGGUAUAAGCUGAUGACAGAUGCCAACAUGCAAUGGUGGAAGGAGGCAUGAUUUGUGAGCCUGAUCUAGCCUGUAGGGGUAGCCCUGCGCUGUUCAUUUGGCCUAUGGACUGGCCCUGCACCACUCAUCUGGCCCUGAAGGCCAAAUGAGUUUAACACCCCUAAUUUAAUGAAAUCAGGGGAGACUGGGUAACUUAGCCUGUAUUGUAGUAGCUGUAAUUUUCUCAUGUUAGAGGUUAUUGCUGGUUAGCCUGAAAUGAAGAGGCAGCCAGGUAGAAAUGGAGAUGUCUUGAAAAAGAGGAAGGUAUUUGGGAUAUUUUUCAAAUGAUAUAUUUAAUUAAUUAAAAAUGCAACUUUAAACCUUUACUUAAAGCAAGAAGUUUAAUAAUUCUUGACAAAACAGACAUUUUUGUCCUUGUAGCAGUGACUCCAAAAUAGCUAAAUUUGAUGUUAACUCACAGUGAGAAACUAAGUAAAAAAUGGGACUUUUAAAGUACAGUAAAGAAGAGGAUGUUCAACUGGCAGCAUAAAGGAAGCUAGCAUUGUAAAACAGCAUCCUCCACCUCUCCAGCCUCUUUUGACUUUUUUUCUCAGUUAAAAAUAUUACAAAAAAAAUUGCUCAAGGCGGUUGUGUUUGAAGCUAUGUGUAUGAAUGUAUUUAUAAUUUCACAGUUUUAAAAUGUCAGAAAAUCAUAAUUUAAUAGAUGUUAGAUGCAGUCUACUUCAGUAUUUGAGUAAUAGCAAAAAAGGAACUAUAUUUCUCUGUAACAAGAAUCCGUUUUGAUCAUCUGGAUGCUAUGCAGUUAAUGAGUAGCCGUUUUAGUAAAAUAGUGAGUUUUUAAGAAUUUAGACUUUGUUCACUUCUCAGCAGAAUCUAUUCUAUAUUUAAAAUUAAAGGCAUUUUUAUACGAAUGGAGUCAGACUCUGCAGUAAAAUAAAAUUAUAAGAUUAUAGGACACUUACUCCAGAAGUGGAUCUUCUUGAGAAAAUAGUUUUUCAAUGACUACCAUAGAUCUGGAUUCAGGUUGAACAUUACAAGCAGAAAAAGAGCAACAUUAGGAAUAUCCCAGUCUCAGAUUCUCCAGGUAUAGUGGUGUUUUUGUUUUGUAACCAUGAUAUUUCUAACUUAUGUACACAGAUGAAAAUAUGGAUCAAGGGGCAUAAUGUUUUGCUGUGCAUUUGGGUUGCAUGCCACUAAUCUCUAACAGAGAGAUUAAAGUUCACUUUCCUUUCUUUUCUUCAUUUUAUAUUUCCCCUUUUCCUUUUCCUUUCCUAUUCUUUUCCUUUGCAAAGCCUCUAGAAAUUCAUCACAGUACAAUUUAAGACCAUCUCAGAACAGAUCAGCUAUGAUGAUCAGUUUAGUCUAAAAUACUUGUAAAAGCUACUAAUUUUGCUUGCAUUGGCCUUCAAAAAAAAAAGUGGGAAGGGAUGUUUGAUGUUUUCAGUCUGAAACAUAUAACCAAAAGCCCAAUUGACUGAUAAAAAUGAGGAGCAGAUAUAUCAGCCCACUUACCAACUGCCUUUUGGCUCUUUAGAUGAAAUCUCACUUUUCAAAUGAUUGCUAAAAGCCGCAGCUGAGAAACCCAAUUCGAUCACCAUUAUUUUUUCUGUUCCUUUUCUUUUUUCCCCCUCUAUAGUUGUGUUAUUAAAUGGCUUUAGUCUGGUAUAGCAUGCUCCAUAUGAAAUGACUUGAAAUGUAUUUUUGCAUCAGAUCUCAGGAUUUUGUUGUUUUGGGUUUUUUGGUGUUUUUUUUACUGGCAGGUUUCAUUUUAAAAGUGUGGUUGUUUGGCACAGCCGAAAACUGAGUGGGCUUUCAUCUUUAAUAAAUUCCUUCAAUUCUAAGAGCCUGAAGGCAGCUUUCCUGCUAACCUACCAGGUUGAUUAUUGCACAGUAUGUUGUUGUGUGGGAAAUAAGAAGUCAGGCCCUGAGCAUCCUUAAGCUAACACAGACAGGAAGCUCUGGGGAGAGAGGGAGGGAGGGCUGGAGGUUGAGACUAGCAGUCUCUGCCACAAGUACAGGUUGAUCCUACAAUAAAAUAAGCCUUGAGGCUUUGAGGAAUAAAUGCAAAUCAAGCAGGACAGCUCAGAAAAUUAACUUGUUAAUAUAACAGAGGGAAUAUUGAGACUGGCACAUUCUAUUACCCCCCCCCCCUUUUUUUCUUUUCUUUUAUUUUCUUUCAUUUGUUUAGUGUUGUAAAUGACCAGAAAAUUCAAUAACCCCAGCUUCUCGAAUGUUACUUUUUUGUAGAGCUUUAUUAUUAAACUGUUGAACUAAAUUUCCAGCUAUCAAGCCCUGUCUAUAUUAGCCAUCUUGACUGCAUCCUUAGUUUUCAGGUGUCAAGAGUUUGUGCUAAAGCAUGAGACAAGGAUGGGGUGCUUUAAAUAUAACUUGAGCAUCUUUGUAUGGUGUGACCCAGAAAGCUUCCUUGAUUUUUCUCUCAGACCUUGGUGCUUCAUGUUUUCUCUUUUGGAUGUCUGUUUUUACUUUGUCAGAAGCUGUCUGCUGCUUUUAAUUGUAUUAUUGCUAAAUGUUCUUUAUCAAUUUUUAUAGAUGCUAACAAAAGUACUGUGUAGUCACUUUAUAUUCCUCUGUUCUCUCCCUUUAUGUCCAUUUUAUAUUCCUCUGUUCUCUCCCUAUAUGUCUCUGACCAUAGCAAAGUUUGGCCACUUCAAGUUGGGUCAUUAACACCAUUAUGUCUUUGUUUCCAUUUUUAAACUGCUUGCUGCUAUUUAACUUCUGUGUAUCUUGCAAUUUUAGAACCGUUUUUGUUCAAAGAACAAAUUAUGAUCUGUUACUACCUAAAUUCAGGCUUAGAUUUCAAGGUGUAUAUAGAAAGAUUUUUUUUUUAAGUGUAGUUGUCAAAAUUUUUUUGUAAAAUGGCACUUUUUUGCUUACUCUUCACUCUGGAUGAAAUUUCAGCAUGGUGUACUCAGCAAUAUGGUUUCCAUUGAUUUCCACUCCCAUGCUCAUUUUCCCUUCCCCCCAGGAAAAUAUCUGGGUAUUCAAAGUCAUGUUUGCUUUACCUCGUUGAAGAAAGACUUUUUAUUCCUGCUGUUAGCAAGAGAGCCAAUACAGCAAAAUUACUUUUUUCUGUUUGCAGAAUUACUAAUUCAAUUUCAUUUGCUAAAUUCUUGUCACUAGUCAAAAUGUCUGAGCAAGAUUGACUUUCAGAUCCUAUGGCAAAUUUUGUAGGCACAAAAAGAAGGUCUUUUACUAAAAAAACUGAGUAAAUUCUACUUAAGAUACUGAACAAAAAUCACCAAUGAAUUGUCAUUUUUGUGGUAUAACUGCAUUGUAAAGUAAGUUAAUAAAAUGAGAAUUUUUUAACGUGCUGGAACACGAACUAUAUUAUUUGGAAAAAUAAAUUGCUAUUUCAUGAUCA